AUGCUUCUCAACGCCGUUCUUGUCAACGCCUUACUGGCGAUGACUUCUGUCUCAGCUCUUCCUAGUCCCAACACCAAGCAUUCAAAGCUUGCCGUUCGUGGUGACGACUACGACGAUGGCUAUGAUGACGGAUAUGGCUUCAAGGUCAAAGUCCGCGACGAUGAUGAUGACGACGGCGACGACGACGAUGAUAAGAAGCUGAGAGUCCGUGGUGGUGACUACAAUGACUACGACGACGACGAUGAUGAUGAUGAUGACGAUGAUUAUUACUCCAGAAAGGUCCGUCGUGACGAUGACGAUGAUGGAGACGAUGACGACGACGACGACGAUGAUGAUGAUGAUGAUGAUAAGAAGCGAAAGUUGAAGGUCCGCGGCGGGGACUACAACGACAACGACGACUACGAUGAUGACUACGACAACGACUACAAGUCCGACAAGAAGAUGAAGUUGAAGCCUCGCAUCAUCCCCCAGAACUGUGGUCUCGGUGCCUACUUUGGAAACGGACGAUGCAUCUGCCGAACAGUCGGUUGGAUUUACGACCCCGUCUUCCGCGGAUGUCAUCUCGACUGCGGUCCUACUGCUUUCUGGAGGGGUAACAGCUGCUUCUGUCGCCAGCCCGGUUUCCGCUGGGAUCUCCGAAGCCGUCGCUGCAUUCGCUAG